UUCUGAAUCCAGUGUGCACGUUUAUUUUAAUUGUAUUCGAUUAUCCAUUAAUUUACACGACACAAAUAUUGAAAUAUAUAUUAUAUGAAUUAAAAUUGUGGAGUUAUCAAGUUAAAUGGAAUGAAUAUAAUAAUGAACUGAAGUAUGUCGGUGGUUACUGGGACAAAAUGCUUAUGACAUACGUGGACAUAAUAGAAGCUUACAAAUUAAACAAUACAUGUCAUCAAACAGUGAUACUGUACAAAGAAUUCUUAAACUUCAGUCACGGUCUGGUAUAUACAUAUAGAGUGGUCUGGUCAUUGCAUUCCACAAUGUCAUCUGAUGAUAAGUUAUUUAGUUACCUAACAAUUCUCCUUACUAUGUUAUGGAUUGGGAAAAACGUGUUUCUAUAUGUGAAUCUAUGCAGCAUAUAUGAAAAGUUUUAUUUGGCUGUAAAUGACGUCCAAUUACAGUGCAUACUACUCAUAACCUCCAAAGGACAGUCAGAUGAAAGAAAAAGAAUGUGCAAAAACGUACAACGAGUAAAUCGUACGGUGUUCUGUAAAAUGAGAGCGUGCCGUAUAUUUACUGUGGAUGGGAAGCUGCCGUUGAAGCAGAUGAGUCUACUCUCUACAUACAUCAUAGUUUUAUUGCAGUUUGCAUUCUUGUAAUUAAAAAAAACUAACCCGGCAAACAUUGCUUAUGACAUAAUUGAAGUAACAUCGCUAGAAAAAUUAAGAU